GAGGGUGGUGCUCAGCCUGGGAGAAGGUGCUGCCUGAUAGAGUCAGCUCAGGGUACGAACACCCAUGUGCAGGCAGGAGAGGGUAUCGGACUUCCUGGUUUGGCUUACGUUGUGUUGUCCUUCUGCCCGCAAAGCUUUCUGGAUCUCACAGAGAAGGAAGCACCCAAGUAGUUAGACAACGGCCUGUUUUAAGGCUCGUCCCCCCCCCCCGCUGUAGUUAGCAUACGAACCAGGCCAAUUAACACCUCGUCGAAACCGACAGCCCGGCCGCGGAGCCGCUGAGAGAAGCUCCCCGCAGAUCAGUGAGGUUAGCUGGGAUUGCGCUAACAGACGCAGCGGCGGGCGGAGGAGACACUCGCUCUCAGUUCAGUGUGUUUUAACUUCGCAAGUCUCGUGAGGACCUCAAGAAACUUUUGUCGACAAGCCAAGAGAGAGCGAGUAUGUGGUCAGAGCCACAGGCGUUGUAGGAUGAUGAGCCCGGGGCACCGCAGCAGGGACAUCGAGCGGCAAGCUGGCUACCUGAAGCCCGAGCACUGCGCCCCUCCACCGCCCCGCACCGGCUCCGACACCAUGUGGUUCAUCCGCGACGGCUGCGGGAUCGUGUGCGGUGUCAUCACCUGGUUCCUGGUCUUCUAUGCCGAGUUUGUGGUGGUGUUCGUCAUGCUGCUGCCUGCCAAGAACGUGGCCUACAGCCUCUUCAACGGGGUGAUCUUCAACGGCCUCGCUUUCCUCGCCCUCGCCUCCCAUGCCAAGGCGAUGUGCACAGACCCGGGAGCCGUGCCAAAAGGAAACGCUACCAAAGAGUUCAUCGAAAGCCUGCAGCUCAAACCAGGACAGGUGGUGUACAAGUGUCCCAAGUGCUGCAGCAUCAAGCCUGACAGAGCCCAUCACUGCAGUGUGUGUAAACGCUGCAUCAAAAAGAUGGACCACCACUGUCCCUGGGUGAACAACUGUGUCGGAGAGAACAACCAGAAAUACUUUGUGCUCUUCACAAUGUAUAUUGCACUAAUAUCCUUACAUUCGCUAGUCUUGGUGGCCUUACAUUUUGUUUUCUGCAUUGAAGAAGAUUGGACAAAGUGCAGUAACUUCUCUCCACCAGCAACUGUCAUCCUCCUCAUCCUCCUCUGCUUCGAGGGUCUCCUCUUUCUCAUCUUCACUGCAGUCAUGUUUGGGACCCAGGUCCACUCCAUCUGUAGCGACGAGACGGGUAUCGAGCAGCUCAAGAAGGAGGAAAGACGAUGGGCCAAAAAAUCAAAAUGGAUGAAUCUGAAGGUGGUAUUUGGCCAUCCGUUCUCCAUAGCCUGGCUGAGCCCCUUUGCAACACCCGACCACGGCAAGGCAGACAUUUACCAGUACAUUGUGUGAAAGCUGGAAACUGCUGCUGAUUUAGACUGAUCAGUCCUGGUCUGCCCUCCUAUUGGCUGGACCUCAAUGAGCAUGAACUCCUCUUCACCACUUCUACAUAUUCUUUUGUUUAUGGAUAUUUCAUUUAUUGAUAUUUCAGGGUGUUCUGUUGUAAGCAAUUACGUUGUCAAAUUAUGUUUAUUUUUUAACAACUUUUUUUCAUUUUAUUGUUUCCCUCUUGGUGCUGACUGAGAUUAAUGAGGUGUAGCUGUACAGAAAAGCUCUACAAGAAAAAAAACCCCAUCUCAAACUGAGCAGUGACAACUUGACAAGAAGCACUUGGUAAGAGUUGGCAAAACGACACCAAGAGUGAAUUCUACCUUCCUGCAGUAUGUCUGAUCAUUUCCUGCUUCCAAGACUAAACAAUGUGAUCUGGAAACUGAAGUCCAGAAUGUUUUUGCUCAAAACAGCGCAGUCCGUGUGCCAAGAUGGACACCUGGUUUUGUCUCCCUGUAAACAUUGUGAUCCUGUCAUUUCUUCAUUUGCUGUAUUUCUGUCGUUGCAAUAGUCUUUUGGUGAGUGCUGCGGAUGAUUUGCCUUAGAACAGUGCAUUAGUGAAUGGUGGCAUCUCCUAUUUUUAAAGACAUUGUUAUUAUUUUGCCUUAAUGUGACAGUCAGGGUGAGACAGGAUCACAUUGGUUAAAUACUAUUUUAAAUGGGUUUGUUUUAUCCUUCUUUGAUGCCAGAUCACUGUGAAGGACAUUCAAAGGCUGUAGGACAGAGAGCAGCAAUAGCCUCACAGUGGCCAGAUGAAGUUAUGAUCCUUAAGAUUUCAGUCCUGGUUGAUUUGGCAACACCAGUGGUUACCAUGGUAGUAGCAAGUGCAUUUUAAUACUACAGCAAACAUUUGUUGAGCAGCUACUUUUUUCAGAAAUACAAGAGCAACUAGUGAAUUUGACAAUACAGCCAAACAAACUAUUGUUGUUUUAAUAAGAAAGUCAAUAAUUGGCAAUCUUCUAUCACAUUUUUCCUUUUAAUACGCAUUUCCAUUCACUACCAUUAUGUGAAUAUUAGAUAAAUGUAAAUUUUAAUUUUCCGCGUUUCCACUCAGGUGUUUUUUAAUGCACAAAUGAAAAAAUGUGCACAAAAACAGGUGGAUGUAAACACACUUGUGAAGCUCAUAUCAAUGAGAUAAAAUUCAAAAUAGUAACGCUGGAUUACAUGCUUGCCUUAUUUCCUGUGAAGGCAAUUUGAAUAAUACAGCGAGAAUGGCGGAGUCCGCCACUAACAUAGUUAACCAAUACAUAGAAAACUGUUACAUUGAGAGGUAAUAACUGAAUUUAUUUACAUUGAAUGACUAUUGUUGAUGCAGACAAUAAAUAGUAUCAAAAAUGGGGUUUGAAUUCAUGAAAAUCUUAAGGAUUAUAAUUUAAAAAUCCCACAUCUGACACUUGGCAGGUAAACAAAGUCUUGUUUCUAGUCCAAGAGGCAACUCGGCUUGUACAAUAUUGAAAGGGACAUACUUGUAGAAUCCACCAGGUAGUUUGACCAGCAUCCUUCUUUUGAUUAUUUGACAACUCUGUGUUGUAAAUCCAGCCGACCUCUUUGCUUGAUAACCAUUUCCAUCACAGUCACUAGCUCAGAUGGACCGUCAGGGAAUAAAGCAAUACACAUUGCUCUCUGAAUGCACUAACCAUAAGUGUAAUUCUCUCGCUCUCAAUUGGUGGAUCUGUGGAUAAUCCAGUUUGUCAUAGAUUGUAGUUGUGAGCCUGACUGGAUAAAACAUGGUUAAAAAUGUAGGUCAGUGGAAAAUGUUCACCAAGCCUGAAAGACCAUGGUAGAAAUGCGUGUUUUAAUUGUCACAGCUGCGGACAGUACUAGGCCAUCCGGUGUGAAGAGAAGCGUGUAGAUUUUACCUUUGAUAAGAAUUCGAUGCAGAUUAGAACUUCAAAGCAUUUAACACUAAAAAUGCCUUUGCACAAAUGUGUUUGAAAGCCUUACUGUAAUUAUAAAUCUUGCUUUUAGGGGUGAUGAAAGACAUAUUUGAACAUACAUGUUGCCAAAUUGAAUGCUUAACGAAAGGAGGCAUUUAGGUAACCAUUUCAAGAGUAGAGCGUUGUCAAGAAUUCUCUUAGGCUUUUAACCACUCAAGUUUUUAAAUAAAUGUAAAAAACAUUACCAUCAUAUGGAGAUGCAACAGUUGCUAUCCUGUUUACACAUACUGUACACCAGCUUUCUUCUUGAAUUGUUCAGUAUGUUCUUUGCGGUCAGGUAUGAAUACCAUUUGUAGUAUUUACUGUGGACCACAUUGUUUUUUUUUUUCUUUUUAACUGGUAUUUGUUUAAAGGAGAAUGAAAUAAAACAGUAUUUAUGUGACACAG